CAUUGAGACCGCUCGCUAGUGCUUGUUAAGGAUGAGCUCCGAACGGUUGUGUUUUGUGAAGCAAACGAUGCUGCUCCCGUUGCUGCUACUGCUACUGGUGAGCUUAAUAUCCGGUGCGACCCAGGCCCACGGUAAGUAUGAGCCAACCUGGGAAAGCCUGGAUGCUCGUCCUCUGCCCCGAUGGUACGACGACGCAAAGGUUGGCAUCUUCAUCCACUGGGGCGUGUACGCGGUACCGAGCUUCGGUUCCGAGUGGUUCUGGAUCAACUGGCAGGGCAGCAAAACGGAAAGUUACGUCCAGUUUAUGCGCGACAACUACAAGCCCGGCUUUACGUAUCAGGACUUUGCAAGCGACUUUACGGCGGAGCUGUUCAAUGCGACGGAGUGGGCCGAUCUGUUCGAGCGUUCCGGUGCUCGCUACGUGGUGCUGACCAGCAAACACCAUGAGGGUUACACUCUGUGGCCAUCGAAACGUGCGUUCGGUUGGAACGCAGUCGAUGUUGGUCCUCAUCGGGACAUUGUUGGUGAGCUGGCAGGAGCGAUCCGCAAUCGCACCGGGCUCACUUUCGGCGUUUACUAUUCACUGUUCGAGUGGUUCAAUCGGCUCUACAUUGAUGACAAGCUGCACGCUUUUCUGAAGCACGAUUACGUCGAUCAAAAGGUGUGGCCAGAGCUACAGGAACUGAUCACCACCUACCGGCCGGAAGUGCUGUGGAGUGAUGGUGACUGGGAAGCACCGGAUGGUUAUUGGAAGGCAAAGGAAUUCUUUGCCUGGCUCUACAACGAUAGCCCAGUACGCGACACGAUCGUGACAAACGAUCGGUGGGGCAUGGGAACGCUCUGCCUGCACGGUGACUUCCACACCUGUUCCGAUCGGUACAACCCUGGCGUGCUGCAGAAACACAAAUGGGAGAAUGCACUGACGAUCGACAGGCAGAGCUGGGGCCACCGGGCCAAUGCCCGACUGGAGGACUUUCUGACCAGCAGCGAGCUGAUCGGUGAACUCGUGACCACCGUCAGCUGUGGCGGGAACGUUCUGAUCAACGUGGGACCGACGAAGGCCGGCACGAUCGAUCCGAUCUUUGCCGAGCGGCUCGUCGACAUGGGACGCUGGCUAAAGAUGAACGGUGAAGCCAUCUAUAAGAGCCAACCGUGGACAUACCAGAAUGACACGCUCACCGGAAGCACCUGGUACACGACGGUGAAACCACAACGAUCGCGCACAUCCGAAGCGCACUUCUCCACGGUGUACGCGAUCGUGCUCGAGUAUCCGUACAAGACGAACAGUGUGCAGCUCGGAGCGUUCAGCAACCAGGUCACGAAGAUCGUGCAAAUCACGAUGCUCGGUUAUGCCACGCAACUGAAGUGGAAACCGAGUGCCGAUGGAAUCGUGGUCGAGUUUCCGGUGAAGAAUGAGCUCGAUCGGCUUAAGCUACACCACGCCUGGACCCUCAAGAUCACUCUCACGUCCCGGUGGCCUUAGUUGCCUCUGGGUUGCAUGUUGGUCUGGAUUCGGAAGCCGUUUAAUUAGGAUCCUACCGCGGAGACACCACGGAGGACCGGAGCUGCGCGAAGGGCACUUUAAUUGGAAGCAAUAAACUGCACAUUAUGCAAUGUAAACAA